AUGCGCGGGCGCAGUUCAGGCAGUCGCAGCAGCGUGCACCUCCAUCUCAAAAUGAGGACGCUGGCGAUAACGAUAUGGUUGGCUGUGGCUAUUGCUGCUUCGAUAGCUAUUCCACUCAAAGAGGCUGUAGAAAAUGUAGAAGUUUCUAGAGAAAAACGUUCUCCAACUGCUGGCUGGCACUCAGAACCUGAAGGAGUAUGGGAGAAAAAACUUAUUUGGAAAGAAGAUUGGAAACAAAUUUGGAAAACCGAAAAGAAAUUAAUUUGGAAAACCGAAUGGAAAAAAGAAAAAGUACCUGCCUGGAAAACUGAGAAAGUUCAGCAAUGGAAAGAAGAACAAGUUCCUGCCUGGAAAGUAGUCCAAAAGCCGAUUUGGAAAGAAGUCCAAGUACCCAUAUGGAAAGAAGUGCAAGUUCCUGACUGGAAAAAAGUGUGGAAACCAGUAUGGAAAGAGAUUCAAGUACCAGUGACAAAGGCGAUUCAAGUUCCAGAAUGGAAACAGAAUUUUGUUCCUGAAUGGGUAAAAGAGGGUGUCCCCGGUGAAAAAUACUUGGGUAAAGAUGAGCAUGGAUGGGAAUACACUAGUCAUGAUCUAUGGAGAAAAAAAUUGAUCUGGAAACCUGUUUGGAAGAAAAUAUGGAAAACUGAACACAAACAAGAAUGGGUAACUGACAAGAAAUUAGAAUGGAAAGAAGAAUGGAAACAAAUCUGGAGAACCGAGAAAAAGCAGGCGUGGGUGACUGAAAAGAAACAAGAGUGGGUAGAAGAGAAAGUACAAAUAUGGAAAACCAUAAAGAAAGAAAUCUGGGUGCCAGUACAAAAGAAGAUAUGGGUCGAGAAAUGGAAACAAAUUCAAGUUCCUGUAUGGAAAACAAUAGAAGUCCCAGCGUGGAAGAAAGUAUGGAAACCAGUCUGGAAAAAAGUUUGGGUACCGGUACAUCACGAGCAUCACGAACAUCAUGAACACCACGGAUGGGAUAAA